CAUUUCUCAAAAGAUCGACUUUCUGUCACUCGCACCUGGCCUUUACGCCUCUCUCUAUCAUUAUCAACAUCACUAUCUCUACAACUACCAUUCUCAUUCUCAUUCCCAUUCCUCAUCUCCGUCUCGUACCAUCAACCCUCCAUCUUAAUCUACUUCCGUCAUGUAUGGUUUGACCCGAGCGUUUAGGCUCAACAGAAAUUCUUCUCAUCUUCGCAAUCUUCAGCGAUCUUCUCCUCUUCUUACCUCCAAGCGUUUCAACAGUGGAAAAGUAUCUGGACCAGUCAUCGGUAUCGAUCUCGGAACGACCAACUCUUGCGUUUCUAUAUAUGAAGCAGGAGCCCCUAAAGUGUUAGAAAACGCCGAAGGUGCUAGGACCACACCUUCCGUAGUCGCCUUCACCAAAGACGGUGAACGAUUAGUAGGACAGCCCGCUCGAAGACAGGCGGUCGUGAACGGAGAGAACACUAUCUUUGCGUCUAAAAGACUGAUCGGGCGAAAAUUCACAGAUUCCGAGGUGCAGAAGGACAUCGGUCAUGUUCCCUAUAAGAUUGUCGCUCACACCAAUGGCGAUGCCUGGGUGGAAGCUCGUGGUCAGAAGUACUCCCCCUCACAGAUCGGCGCCUUCGUUGUGGGUAAGAUGAAGGACACCGCAUCGUCCUACCUUGGUAAACCCGUCAAACAUGCGGUCAUCACUGUUCCAGCAUACUUCAAUGACUCGCAACGUCAAGCGACCAAGGACGCCGGUUCCAUUGCCGGCCUUGAUGUUUUGCGAGUCAUAAACGAACCCACCGCCGCCGCACUCGCCUAUGGGCUGGAGAAGGAAAAUUCAGCUAUCAUUGCCGUUUACGAUUUGGGUGGUGGUACAUUCGAUGUCUCGAUUUUGGAAAUGCAGAAAGGAGUCUUUGAAGUCAAGUCCACCAACGGCGACACUCAUCUUGGUGGCGAGGACUUCGACAUUGCACUUGUGAAUCAUAUACUGUCCGAGUUCAAAAAGGAAACAGGCGUGGAUGUAUCCAAGGAUCGAAUGGCCAUCCAACGUAUUCGUGAAGCCGCCGAGAAGGCCAAGAUCGAGCUUUCUAGCGCCGGCGCCACCGAUAUAUCCCUCCCGUAUAUCACUGCCACUGCCGACGGUCCUCAGCAUAUCAAUUUGAAGCUCACUCGUGCCAAUUUCGAGUCUUUGGUGAAACCGUUGGUUGACCGUACUAUUGAACCCUGUCGAAAGGCGCUUACCGAUGCGGGUGUCAAAGCAUCCGAUAUCAACGAGGUCCUUCUUGUAGGCGGUAUGACUCGGAUGCCACGUGUUGUGGAGACGGUGAAAAGUGUCUUCGGCAAAGAACCUAGCAAGGGAGUCAAUCCUGACGAAGCCGUUGCCAUCGGCGCCUCGAUCCAAGCCGGUGUCCUAGCCGGUAACGUUACCGAUAUCCUACUGCUCGACGUCACACCCCUGUCUCUCGGAAUCGAAACUCUCGGCGGUGUGUUCACUCGUCUUAUCAACCGGAACACUACCAUUCCCACGAAGAAGUCUCAAACUUUCUCUACAGCAGCAGAUGGUCAAACGGCUAUAGAGGUGAAGGUGUACCAGGGGGAGCGCGAGCUCGUCCGGGAUAACAAACUACUGGGGAACUUCCAACUCACUGGGUUACCUCCUGCCCCCAAAGGCGUACCUCAGAUAAAGAUCACCUUCGAUAUCGACGCGGACGGAAUAGUCAACGUCAGCGCGAAUGACACAGCCACCAACAAAGAACAGUCGGUUACCAUCGCUUCCUCUAGUGGGCUUUCCGACAAGGAGAUCGAGGCUAUGGUGGCGAACGCAGAAAAAUUCGCUGAAUCCGACAAAAUCCGUCGGCAUGUCAUUGAGGAAGCGAAUCGGGGAGAAAACUUUUGCACGGAUACGGAGAAGUCGAUGGUUGAGUUUGAAUCUCAGCUUGACAACGAAGAAAGGGAGAAGGUCAAGACAUUGCUGGCUGCUUUGCGGGAUGUGUGCACCAAGGGUGCUGCUGGGGACGCGAGUGUGAAACCUGAGGACAUCAAAUCGGCGCUGGACGCCGCGCAACAAGCUUCUCUGGGUCUCUUCCAGAAGGUGUACGAGAAGCGGGCCGCGGACAGCCGAACAGCUGAGACCUCUUCAGCCGGUCCGGCCGAACCAGAAUCAUCGAACUCAACCGACGACAAAAAGCAGGCCUAGACGCACAUGGCGCCAUUUUCAUCUCUCCUUGCAUAGUUUCACAUCACGUACAGUGUUCUAGGAUGCACAAACCACUCCAAAUCACC